UGUAUGUAGGAUUGAUCGCUCCGGGAGUCGCAGAUGGGUGCUGGCAGAUCACGAUCGCGAUGAGGACCGCUAGCAGCUUUCUGGCUGCGGCCGCUCUGCUCUGCAGCGGUGGAGUCUGCUGCUUUAGCGCGGCGGGAUCCAUUAGCCUCCCGGGCGACUGUCUGUACAGCCGAGCCGGCCCGGCUAUUUCACGGCGAUCAUUCGGGAUCGCCGAGUCCGGCCACAGGUGCCUGGAGUGGAGCGCCAUCCCCAGUUUCGUCGAGAGGUACCCAGACAAAGGUCUGGGGGAUCAUAACUUCUGUCGCAACCCCGACGGGAGGCUCAAGCCCUGGUGCUUUAUCAGAAAUCGCCGUGGAAGGAUCGAUUGGGCUUAUUGCGGCUGCAGGCAGGAUUUAGUCCGAUUGCAAGGAGGUCAGAAACUUGGCGAAGGCAGAGUUGAAGUGUAUGUGAAUGGAGUAUGGGGAAUGAUCUGCAACAAGAACUGGGAUGAUCGGGAGGCCUCAGUCGUUUGUCGGCAGCUCGGACAUGGUCAAACUGGCAAAGCCAGUCAGAUCAUCCUUUCUGGCUUGGCAAUGGCUCCCAUUCACUGGAGUAACAUCCAGUGCCGGGGUGAUGAACACAGUAUAUUUGAGUGUUCAAAGGAGACCAGGAAGCAUGGCAACUGCCUCUACAAACGGGUGGCUGUGGCUACUUGUUACCCUCCCAAAGCAGCUGUAUUUGUUCCAAUCCGACUGGUUGGUGGCAGCUCCGAAUACGAAGGCCGGGUGGAAGUCUAUCGUUCUGGGCAAUGGGGAACUGUGUGUGAUGACCACUGGGAUGAGGCAGAUGCUGAAGUUGUCUGCAGACAAUUAGGCAUAAGUACUCCAGCCAAGGCGCUCACAUUAGCAUUUUUUGGAGAAGGAUCUGGUCCAAUAUUGCUGGAUGAUGUACAGUGUACAGGCAAUGAACUGUCUAUUGACCAGUGUCCCAAGAGUUUGUGGGGAGAGCACAACUGUGGGCACAAGGAAGAUGCAGGUGUAACCUGCAAUCCUCUGAGGGACGGUGCACUACGCCUGGUUGGAGGAGGGGGCAGCCACGAAGGACGGCUUGAGGUAUUUUAUAGUGGCCAGUGGGGAACAGUCUGUGAUGAUGGCUGGACAGAGCAGAAUGCCCAAGUAGUUUGCCAGCAACUGGGAUUCAGGUAUGCACAGAAGCCUCUGGUGGGUCAAUUUGAACAUGGUUCUGGACCUAUUCACCUGGAUGAUGUCAAUUGUUCUGGUCAGGAGUCAUCACUAAUUUUGUGCCCUAGAAAUGAUUGGGGUCAGCAUGACUGCGGUCACCAAGAGGACGUAACUGUCAUCUGCACAUUCACUGCUGCAAACGACAUCCAGGAAAUCCCCUUUGGUCCUCCUAUCAGACUGAUGGAUGGUGAGAAUAAGAAAGAAGGACGUGUUGAAAUUUUUAUCAAUGGCCAGUGGGGAACCAUUUGUGAUGAUGGAUGGACUGACAAGGAUGCUGCUGUGGUCUGCCGUCAGUUGGGAUACAAGGGCACAGCCAAGGCAAGAUCACUGGCUUAUUUUGGAGAUGGUGUGGGUCCAAUACACAUGGAUAAUGUGAAAUGCACUGGGAGUGAAGAGUCACUGGACGAUUGCAGCAAACAGGAUAUUGGAAUACAUAACUGUCGACACAGUGAGGAUGCAGGAGUGAUCUGUGACUAUAGUGAUAAAUCAGCAGCAAGCAUAGGCCACAGAGGGUCCAUGAAUUCUCUCUGUGGCUUACGAUUGUUAAACCAACGGCAAAAACGAAUCAUUGGUGGGAAAAAAUCUUUAAGGGGCGGGUGGCCUUGGCAGGCAGCCAUCCGACUGAGAGCGUACCAUGGAGAAGGGAGACUGCUGUGCGGUGCCACUCUCAUUGACAGCUGUUGGGUCCUGACUGCAGCUCACUGCUUUAAAAGGUAUGGCAACAGCACAAAGAACUAUGUUGUGCGUGUUGGUGAUUACCACACAUUAGUGUCUGAGGAAUUUGAGGAGAAUCUUGAAGUGCAGACCAUUGUCAUCCACAAAGACUAUAAGCCUGAUGCUAAUGACUAUGACAUUGCCUUGGUAAAGCUUGAAGGAGACCAGGAACGUUGCAUCAAAUUUAAUGCCCAUGUCCUUCCAGCAUGUUUGCCACACAGGAGAGAACGUAUACAGAGAAGCAGCUCAAACUGCUACAUUACUGGAUGGGGUGACACAGGAAGAGCUUAUUCAAAGACCUUGCAGCAGGCUGCCAUCCCAUUGCUUCCCAAAAGGCAUUGUGAGGGGCGCUACAGGCACAGGUUCACUGGCAGGAUGCUCUGUGCCGGAAACUUACUGGACCACAAACGAGUAGACAGCUGUCAUGGGGAUAGUGGCGGACCCCUGAUGUGUGAGAGAGCAGGAGGUCGCUGGGUAGUGUUUGGUGUGACCUCUUGGGGACAUGGCUGUGGUAUAAAGGAAACCCCAGGUGUCUACACCAGAGUCUCUGCUUUUGUGCCUUGGAUUGAACGUAUGACUAACCUAUAAGGAGUUGGGACCAGAAGACUGGCGCAGACUGCUGAAGGAGCAUCACACAUCCCUUGUUCUCCAUCUCUUUCCCUGUGAAGGAACCCUCCAGAUUCACUCUCUAACAACAGGGGUAUUUCAGGAA